UCCAAAUUGGCAAAAUAACUACCAACAUGGCUACCGGAAGUUUAGUAGUGUAAAUUUUCAACGCCGAUGCUUGAGGAUCGUUUAUCAGUGCUAAAGAGACUCUAAGCCAAGUGUUCUGGUUGCUACACUUGUGUCAAGAUGGAUGGGGGACCUGACAAUCCAGGUUCUAGGCGAGACGAUGACCACCCCCCUUGGCAGCAGAUGUCAAUGCAACGGGAUCAGGGGGAGGGUGGCAUGCAAGGACAACAGGAUAUCAGUGAGGACCUCAUGAUGAAAGUUCGGCAGCACCAGCAGUUGCUGGAUAUGGAGAAGAAAAGGGAAGCUCAGCAGAAGCUGAUGGAGCAGCAGCAGUUGGCAAUGUUGGAGGCGCAAAGGAAUGAGCAGCAGAGGAUUCUGCCCCCUGGCUCAGGUCAGUCCUUAGCACCUGCAGGACUGCCGACCACUCCGUCCAUCAGAAGCUCCGGCGUGAGCAUGGUUUCUGCCCCCCUCAGACCCCCUGGCAUGGGGAAUCAGCCUCCACAGGGGUCUAUGCCCAACCAGCAACAACAAAUGAUGCAAGGUGGCCCUCCUCCUCUGAUGGGCCAACAGAAUCCCCAAGGUGGGCCACCAGGAUCUCAAGGUGGCCCCCCACCACCCCCUCACAUAUUGCAAGGAGGGCCCCAACACAUGGGCCAGGGUGGACCCCCAAGACCCUUGCAGCAGAUGGGUGACCGCCCUCCCAUGCAGCAAGGAGGACCCCAGAUGCCUCAGGGUGGCCCGCCAAUGUCCCAGGGUGGGCCCAUGAUGUCUCAGGGGGGACCUCCAAGGCAGCAGGGUGGGCCCCAGAUGUCGCAAGGUGGCCCUCAAAUGUCCCAGGGUGGGCCACCCAUGCAGCAAGGUGGACCCCCCAUGCAGCAAGGCGGCCCGCCACGACAGAUGCAGCAGAUGGGAGACCGGCCCCCCAUGGCCCAGGGAGGGCCUCAAAUGUCGCAGGGUGGCCCACAGCGACCCAUGCAGCAGAUGGGGGACCGGCCUCCCAUGUCGUCGCAAGGUGGCCCUCACAUGCCCCCAGGCGGCCCGCAGAUGUCGCAGGGUGGCCCCCCGAUGUCCCAGGGGGGACCUCUCAUGCAGCAGGGCGGGCCGCCUCAGAUGUCUCAAGGUGGGCCGCCUCAGAUGUCUCAAGGUGGGCCCCGUGGGAUGCAGCAAGGUGGGCCACCUCACAUGCAGCAGGGUGGGCCCCCUCAGAUGCCUCAGGGAGGCCCCCGCGGAAUGCAGCAAGGGGGGCCCCCGAUGUCCCAAAGUGGGCCGCACGGCCCGCAGGGAGGACCUCCGGGCGGGCCCCCGAUGUCGCAGGGAGGUCGGCCGAUGCCCCACGGGGGACCGCCCAUGUCCCAGCAGCACUCUGAUCGUCCCCACCCCCACCCACCACCUCUUAUGAGUCAGAACAUGCGGCCACCGGGCCCUAACAAAGAUGGGAUGGGCCCCCCACCGCUUGGACCUCCGUCUGAUGGUGGACCCAGGCCCAGGAUGGCGCGGACUCCCUACAAUGGUCCCAGCAUUCCUCCUAAUGUUGUGCCAAAGCCUGGUGGCCCGCCCCCAUCUCAAGGUCCUAAGGAAAUGCGACUGCCGCAAGCCCUGGAGAAGAUGCUGGAGUUCAAGUCUCUAAGAGAAAGUGAAAUUGGGGCUGAACUUGAUGGGGAGAAAGAAGAUGAAGAUGAGCAAGGCAGUGAUGAUGAGAAAAGGGGCACUAAUGAGAAUGAUAAAGACGAAGUGAACGAAGAAGAUGAAAAUGAAGAUGAGGAAGUUGGAACAAUUUCAAAAGAUCAGUCAAAAGAGACCAAAAAUAAACGAAAGAAGAAGAAAAAGAAGAAGGCGAGGAGGAACAGGUUUGAACAACAGAAGAAACCCAAGAAGAAAGAUAAGAAAAGCAAAGCAUCCGAUGUUGUGGUCGAGUACAUCCAAGAACAGCCAGAGCUGGACCCGACUGACCCGAAUUAUCACACUUUUGCCAGGAUAUUUGAAGCUUUCAAGAUCACUGAACCAGAAAAACCGAAGGAAGUAAAAGUAGAGGAGGCCGAAGAAGUCAAGCCGAAAGAAGAACCCCCAAUGAAAGUCAAGGGGCUGUUGGAUGAUGAUGAUGACGAUGACGACGAUUUAAUGGCAAAUGAUGAUGAUGGCCCAAAAAUUUCCAAGAAGAAACUUAAAAAGCUGACGAGGUUGACAGUUGCUCAACUUAAACAGCUGGUGACCAGACCUGAUGUGGUUGAGAUGCAUGAUGUCACGGCCAGAGAUCCCAGGUUGUUGGUGCAUUUAAAGGCUACCAGAAAUUCGGUGCCGGUGCCACGUCACUGGUGCUACAAACGAAAGUACCUGCAGGGUAAAAGAGGUAUAGAGAAGACACCGUUUGAACUUCCAGACUUCAUCAAAGCCACAGGUAUUGAGGAAAUGAGAGCAGCUCUGCAGGAGAAGGAAGACCAGAAGACACUCAAGUCCAAAAUGAGGGAAAAAGUGCGGCCCAAGAUGGGAAAGAUUGACAUCGACUACCAGAAACUUCACGACGCUUUCUUCAGGUUUCAGACCAAACCCAAAAUGACUGUCCAUGGAGAUUUGUACUAUGAGGCUAAGGAAUUUGAAACAAAACUACGGGAGAAGAAGCCUGGCAACUUGAGUGACGACUUGAAAAUGGCUCUGGGGAUGCCAGUUGGCAGUAACUCUGAGAAAGUUCCUCCACCAUGGUUGAUUGCCAUGCAGCGGUACGGGCCACCCCCGUCAUACCCCAACCUCAAGGUGGCUGGUCUUAAUGCUCCCAUUCCUGAGGGCUGUAUGUUUGGCUACCAUGCCGGAGGCUGGGGAAAACCGCCGGUGGAUGAACAUGGGAAGCCUUUGUAUGGAGACGUAUUUGGAACGCAGAAUGCUGAUUAUAAGGCUGAGGUUGAGGAAGACGAAAUAGACAGGACAGUGUGGGGUGAGCUGGAGUCUGAGUCAGAAUCAGAGGAGGAAUCAGAAGAGGAAGAAGAGGAGGAUGAGAAGGAUGAGACGGGCCUGAUUACUCCAGCGGAAGGCCUGAUGACGCCGGGCGGCAUCUCCUCCGUUCCCGUGGGCAUGGAGACUCCGGACCAGAUCGAGCUGCGUAAGCGUCGUAUCGAGGAUGCCAUGGACCAAGGAGGAGACACGCCGGCUCUCUACCAGGUGUUGCCGGAGAAGAAGGCGGCCCCGGUGGGCGGGGCUAUGAUGGGGUCGGCGCACGUCUACGAUAUGACGGGGGUCAACGCACCGAAGAAGCCUGGAGACAAAGUAUCGACAGAGGCGGUCGAGGUGUCCUUGAACCCCGAGGAGCUUGACCUCGACACUGCGGCCAUGCAGGCCAAGUACGAGCAGACGGUGCGUGAGCAGCAGUCACAGCUGGAGAAAGAGGACCUCAGUGAUAUGGUGGCAGCUCAUGCAGCUAAACAGAGGAAACGCAAGAAGGCUCAACAAGACACCGGGAAAGGAGCAAAGAAAUAUAAAGACUUCAAGUUUUAAUUCCAUUGGUUUCACUGUUUCAUCUCAUAAUGUAUGUCUGGAUGAGUUUAUGGAUGAUGCUGUUUUCUUGUUAGAAGUGUUCGGAGGGUUGUGUGGGGGUUUUGUUCAGUUUGAUCUGUUGGUAAAGGGGUUGCGCCGUAGGGUUCUAUGUCAGAGGUUGGUCACUGUGGUGCCGUGGGUGUCAGAGGGUGCUUUAGAGGCUUUCUGUAUUGCUUACUCUUUAAUGGGAAGGAGUAAGACGGGGUGGCCUCUGCAUUCUGUUGUUGUUGGUACAGAUUGUUAAACUACUGUCCAGUCCUUUUAUAACAGCCUCUGUUAUAACAGGAACUUGGAUAUGACUGAUAAAUCAAAUCUCCGUUUUUUUCCUCCAUAAGAGCAAGUAAUGUGAACUUGGCUAUAACAGGGUUCUAUUUGCGCAGACUCAAAUAUAUAUGAUCCGUCAAAUUAUUAGAAUUUAUCUCUAUCAAGACAUUUCGCCUGUUUAUAUGAUCGUUGCCUAAACACAAACUUUCAAACACAUACACCCCGCCCCAAAUAGUGAUGGGGUCACAGAUCGAUUCAUCUCAGUGUUAGCAAAACAGCCCACUAGGAAAGGAUCUGGGGUAAUCAAAUAUAUAUAUUAUGUAUAGUAAGCUCAAGGUGCAAUAGUAUUGGUAGUUUCCCUUGAUAAUAGUUUUAACAGGACUCGCUUAUAAGAGGGAAAAACUGGCGGUCCUGUCUGUCCUGUUAUAUCCGAGUUUGACUGUAGAUAAUUUUUUCUCUCUCUGUUGAAUAGUGAAAAGUUUGGAUGGCGGGUGAUCUUAUGUCCGCUUUGUAGGUGUUGAUGAAAGGUAGCCUACUUGAGGUUGGUCUUUUCCCCUUUCCUAUAUCCUGUAGUAUUUCUGUACCCCAUUCCCUGCCACCCCAGUCACUCACACUGUGGAAAGAUUUAAUGUGUUUGUUUAACUUUUCUAAAUAUUUUAAUGUAGGAAAUUGAGAACAAUGUAGCAGUGAUCGCACUGCUGUCAAUGUACAGAAGGUGUCAUUAGUUGACGAAUGAGACCAUGCUUGUCUGCCUGGGGAUGUCUUGUCUCAUUGUUGGACGUGCAGAUAGGUCUGAGUUCUCUACUUUCUAAAUAGCAUGAAGUAGGCCUAUGUCCGAUAGGAUCUAAGACAUAUUAACUGUCCUUGGUCUGGAAAAUAAAACAAGUGCUGUACUUCUGUUUUGGUCAUUUAAUUAAUAUUAAUAAUUUCCCGUUCUUCCAUGAGGAUGGAUUCCUUUCUUUGGGGUGUGGGUGGUUGGCGGAUGCUCUGGUGUGGUUGUCCUGAUCUCUCCUCGUUCUGUUUUAUGUUUGUUACUCUCUUGUAACACUUCUAAUCUUCCGCACUUAUAUGACAAAAUUGUGUUGUUAGUGCCGUAAAACUCUUACUAAAACUAAAACUUUCUUUAAGGUGGUGAUUUUUACAGUUCAAGUCAUUUCAGAAUCUCCCUAGCUAUGAUUAUGUAUCAAAGAUCAGUCAUUCUCCCUCAUGCUCACUUUUUAUUGGUUCUCAUGUUGGUUGUUUUUUUUUGGUCAUGGUCAACAGCACAUUGUCUGUGUGUUUUUUGUUCCCCUGUCAGCCCUCAUUGUGUACAACAGUCGGUGUUCGUGUGUCCGUGAAUUCAGACAGGAACUUCAGAUUAUGACGAACAUUGUGACAAGUUAUGGAUCCAGUUGUUUUUUAAAGAAAUAAAGAUAAUGGUUGUCUGUA